UUUAUACAACCGGUGAAAUAUAGUGGUGGUCCAAUUAUAAGACCAUUCCAGAAACCUGACUUAACUAAUCAUAGUUAGUUGUAACAAUUGUAUAGUUUUCAUAGACAUAUUUACAGUAGUUAGAAAAACCAAGAUGCAUUUUCUUUUAAUUUAAACAUUAAUUUCAAAUAAUUCGUGUAACGACAUGACGACGCUGUCCCCUGCUUCUGAGAAGAGGGAAUCAACCAAUCAGACCUCGCUUGUCUGUAUGGCUAACAGUACUGAAACGAUAGUCUAUAGCUGCUAGCAUUUUUAGGAGGGGCAGGGACAUUCUGAGCCAUUAUCUGGCGUUUUUGAAAUACAAAGUGGAUGCCUCUAUGAUCCAGCUACAGCGAAAUAUACCUCUCCGUACAAGAAUUCAGCCAUGGCCACGGCAGGCGCAGGACCAGGCACAGCAGAGCCAAAUCGGCCAGGCCCCCAGAGGAAGAUGUCCACCACAGGGGAAAGCCUGUACAAGGUGCUAGGCCUGGAGAAAGGAGCUUCUGCUGAUGACAUCAAGAGAGCUUACAGGAAAUUAGCAUUGAAGUACCACCCAGACAAGAACCCAGACAACCCGGAGGCUGCAGAUAAGUUUAAAGAGAUCAACAACGCCAACUCCAUCCUGAACGAUGACGGCAAGAGGAGGAUCUACGAAGAGUAUGGCUCCAUGGGUCUCUACGUGUCCGAGCAGUUUGGAGAGGAGAGCGUCAAAUACUACUUCCUCAUGUCCAAGUGGUGGUUUAAGACCAUGGCCGUGUGCUGCACCGUCUUCUCCUGCUGCUGUUGCUGCUGCUGUUGCUGUUUCUGCUGUGGGAAGUGCAAGCCGCCGGAGGAGGAUGAUCACUACCAGUAUGUGGACCCAGAGGACCUGGAGGCCCAGAUCAAAGCAGAGACGGACGGAGGUGACACGGUAAUCAUUGUCCAGCCCAUACCUGUACCUAUAGCUGUAUCGAGCCCUGUGGCUGAGAGCAUCAGCCUAGGCCCUGCCAUCAGCCUAGGCCCUGCCAUCAGCCUAGGCCCUGCCAUCAGCCUAGGCCCUGCCAUCAGCCUAGGCCCUGCCAUCAGCCUAGGCCCUGCCAUCAGCCUAGGCCCUGCCAGUCCAGUAGGUGACAACCCGACCAGUCCAGUGGCUGCUGAGAACCCAGGCGAAACGCUGCCGGAGUCUAAAUGACUCGACAGUGACAGUGUGGAUGAGCCUCGCCAGGGGAGGGCAGGUCUGCGUGCCCCUAUCGUGAUCCAGCCGCAUUCCAUCACCGUUGAGGUUCCAGAGACCUCCCAGCCUGCAGCCAGCCAGCCCACCUCCAAGCCCCAGCAGUGACCCUCCCCUCCCAGCCCCGUGUACCCGCUGGAGCCUUCCCCUUAGGUGGGCACGGCCCCCCGUGGGCCCCACCCUGGAGCCCCCAGCAGCCAGCCAGGCCAGCCGUCACCACAGCCAGGACUCACCAGUGUCAGUCAACCAGCCAGCCAGUCAACCCCCCAUACUGUGGCAAAGGUCCAACCAAAUGGACAUGAGCGGCACGCUGCCAAGAGACCAGGACUUCUUAUGACUUGAUAUAUAUAUAUGUCUAUCUACCAAACUGAGGAUUCGAACAAACUCCUAUCACUCCAUUUUAUCCCUCUGUUUCAAUCCUCCCUCAUCUAUCCUCCCUCCCCUGCUCUCUUUCUCCCUCUUGGACUCUCGUCUCUGUCAGAGCUCUGGGAUUGGAGACUCUUCAAGUUCAGUCUGAGUUUUGGGAUUUAAAUAGCCUGACUCAAACCUUCCACCUCCCGGAGACUAAAGCAUGGAUCAGAGGAUGUGCAUGUGUUAAGUUUGAUCUGCAUGCCCCUACUGUACAACACUGGCACAUACAUACCCCUCUACUACAGCCACCACCACCAUCUUACCCCUGUCAGUGAUACCCCCAGCUCCAGCCAGGUGCACUUACAGAAUGCUGCACAACCAAGGGUCUCCACCUCUACCUGAAUGAGACCCAGAAGUGGGGCCGACAUUCGAGAACAGUGAAAAUGUCCUGUGGAAAACUUCUGCAUUUCUAACAGAAAAAUGUGCUGACUGCUUUAUUUAAUUGCUAAUUGAUGUCACAAUUAUGUUAGUUAGACCAAAGCCAAACUACAUGCCACCAACUCCAUGUGUUCAGUAGCCACCAGUUUCUCCUCAUGCCACCAACUCCAUGUGUUCAGUAGCCACCAGUUUCUCCUCAUGCCACCAACUCCAUGUGUUCAGUAGCCACCAGUUUCUCCUCAUGCCACUAACUCCAUGUGUUCAGUAGCCACCAGUUUCUCCUCAUGCCACUAACUCCAUGUGUUCAGUAGCCACCAGUUUCUCCUCAUGCCACUAACUCCAUGUGUUCAGUAGCCACCAGUUUCUCCUCAUGCCACUAACUCCAUGUGUUCAGUAGCCACCAGUUUCUCCUCAUGCCACCAACUCCAUGUGUUCAGUAGCCACCAGUUUCUCCUCAUGCCACCAACUCCAUGUGUUCAGUAGCCACCAGUUUCUCCUCAUGCCACUAACUCCAUGUGUUCAGUAGCCACCAGUUUCUCCUCAUGCCACUAACUCCAUGUGUUCAGUAGCCACCAGUUUCUCCUCAUGCCACCAACUCCAUGUGUUCAGUAGCCACCAGUUUCUCCUCAUGCCACUAACUCCAUGUGUUCAGUAGCCACCAGUUUCUCCUCAUGCCACUAACUCCAUGUGUUCAGUAGCCACCAGUUUCUCCUCAUGCCACUAACUCCAUGUGUUCAGUAGCCACCAGUUUCUCCUCAUGCCACCAACUCCAUGUGUUCAGUAGCCACCAGUUUCUCCUCAUGCCACCAACUCCAUGUGUUCAGUAGCCACCAGUUUCUCCUCAUGCCACUAACUCCAUGUGUUCAGUAGCCACCAGUUUCUCCUCAUGCCACUAACUCCAUGUGUUCAGUAGCCACCAGUUUCUCCUCAUGCCACCAACUCCAUGUGUUCAGUAGCCACCAGUUUCUCCUCAUGCCACCAACUCCAUGUGUUCAGUAGCCACCAGUUUCUCCUCAUGCCACUAACUCCAUGUGUUCAGUAGCCACCAGUUUCUCCUCAUGCCACUAACUCCAUGUGUUCAGUAGCCACCAGUUUCUCCUCAUGCCACUAACUCCAUGUGUUCAGUAGCCACCAGUUUCUCCUCAUGCCACUAACUCCAUGUGUUCAGUAGCCACCAGUUUCUCCUCAUGCCACUAACUCCAUGUGUUCAGUAGCCACCAGUUUCUCCUCAUGCCACUAACUCCAUGUGUUCAGUAGCCACCAGUUUCUCCUCAUGCCACCAACUCCAUGUGUUCAGUAGCCACCAGUUUCUCCUCAUGCCACCAACUCCAUGUGUUCAGUAGCCACCAGUUUCUCCUCAUGCCACCAACUCCAUGUGUUCAGUAGCCACCAGUUUCUCCUCAUGCCACUAGAGCCAACCUGAGAGGAUUGCGCCAUUGAGGUGUAUGCAUUUGGGUCUACUAUGCACUUUUGAAACCUGUGAAUUGGGUAAAUGGUCAUUUCUGAUGGACUGUCAGCUAUUUUAUGGGUCCAGCCAACCAGCACUGCUUACUGAAACAGUCAGCACACUUCUCUCUGUAUUCGAUGGAACUGACCGAUGGAAACAGCUAGCUGACUGCAACCCAGCUACUUAUCAAACGUCUCCCAUCUCAAAGGGUGGUUUUGCUUUGCGUUCUCAUAGUCUGAUGUUGUAACAUGGAGAUACAGGUGGUAUGUACUGUAGGGAUCUGUGUUUGACCCAGCUACUAAGUGCACUCUAUGCCACAUUCUAGAGUGACAAUUAUGUUCUCUGUACUGCCUACAGAGAGAUCCAUCACCAAUGAUUUUGAGACUUUUCAGAUGUUGAUUUGACUUUGAAGAAAUAGCACACCAUGUUUUCCAUGGGGUUUUGGUGGACUGAGGCAUGUUGAGUAUUUUAUGGGCUAAAGAUGCACAUGUCUACUAUUUACAACUAGGCAUUAGUCCUCCCGUUCACUCCUUUCUACAGUACGGUCUCUGUGAUGAGAUGAUGCAAUGUCACACAGCAGGGUUAGGGUCUGUACAGAUCACACAACCAGCCAUUUGUACUUCAGUACAGCUCUCUUUAUGAUCCUGGGGGUGCAGAGUCGGCGCUUUCUCAAAUGUACUGUAAUCAGAAUAGUGAAAAAGUGACGCGACUGGGUGCCACAUUGUUAUUGCGAAUCAGUCAGUCCCAGUGGUGGGUGUGGGGGGUGUGUGUAGAGCAUUGUACAAAGUCUUUUGGUUUGUUCAUUAGUGAGGUGGUCAGUCGGUCAUCCCCUCCCAGUUUCUUUGUGGUUGGUCAUUUGAAAAGGGCAUUCUGUGUUUCCUAAAGAGGGACUGGUACAUGGUGUUAACCACCUUGUGUAUUGGCUGAAGAACAACCCUAAAGUUAGACUAAAUCAUGUCAUCAAAUGAUGUCAAGCGUUUUGUAGCUUUGAAUAUUUUUUCUCCUGAGUUUUCGUAGAAAUGAUUUAUCAGUAGCUUCAAUUUCUUACUGGAAUUUAUGACACUUUUUUCUCCCCUUAAUUUCACUAAGUUAAUAGCCAAAACCCUCCUUCGAUUUUUUUUUUUUUUGUCUUUUGGUUAUGCUUUUUUGAAAACCAUAGUAAAUCGGAUGCAUUUCAACAUAACAGUGCAGUAUCUAUCCCCAGGGUUCAGAGAGGAGAGAUACCUUUUAUUUAUUCUGGUGAUCCCUAUCUGCUGUAAAUAAUAAUCACUGUGUGUCACAUGCAAAUAACAUUGUAAUAAGGUUGUUUUGAGAAUCUUUGUUGAAUGGAAAAUGUUUUAAGAAUCAACCCCAUAUACAUAGUGUACAUUGUCUGUUUUUUAUUUAUGUCAAACCGAAAGAGCUGUUUAAAAAAAAAAAAGUUUUAAAAAAAAAGUUGACAGUUGGGAAAAGAGGACCCUAGACUAGCCAACAUGGUCCUCCCAGGGGGCUGGGCAACUGGUUGACAGAGGUAGGCAGGCAGGCUGUCCUAACUGGCUGGGCCACCAUGGUGCUGGUCUACAGUAGCAGACAGACAGGCAGUGUGUAUCGGUCUGCCCUGAGUGUAGGGGGCAAUGAUGUCUCCAUCUCAUCUCUCUUCUAGGACACGGGGUAAUGUAUGAGGACUCUGCCACUGAAAUGAUUGAUUGUAGUUUUGUUGAUGUUUUCAUUGUCAUUCAUUCAUCAUGUCUCAUGGACAAAAAUGAUCUGUAAAUGUGUAUUUAUAUAAUUAAAUUAAAAGAAGGGGGAUUUGUACAAUGUA